AGCGGUGGAGCUACAGCUACAACACACGGCUCAGCCCAUACAGACACACCUGACGGGUCUGGAGCUCUGACGGACGGACGGGUCAGUAGCGUGAGGCGCUAUGGAGAUGGGAAUGUGACGGGGUUCUUGUCGCCUGUCUGCAGUCCGGCGAAAAUUACUUUUUCUUGGUGACGACUGGGAAACUUGGGGAACUCGUGCCAAGCGCGAGAAGAAGCCCGGCGGAAAAAGGCCAGCAUUAGAUGGACAUAAACACGCCGCGUCGUGCGGUUUGCGAGCGGUUUGUGCGCGCCUGGGCGAAUCUGUAGAGUUUGUGGAGAGGCUCCGUUCAACACCACCACCGCGGAAUGUAACGCCUAACGCUCCGCCUGGAGUUACCUGACACAGAAGUCUCGGAGGGUUAACUCUACCGUCCUUGCCAUGGAGACGACCCCGGCCCUCCUCCCACUCCUACUCCUCUUCCUGAGUUUGUGUGUCAGUGGUUGUCAUGGCAACCUCCGCCUGACCCCCAGAGUGUAUCUGUCUUACAAAGAGCUGCUGGAAACGAGGACCAUCCGGCCAUUCAGCUUCUCCUUCAACACCAGCGAUUACCGCAUCCUCCACAUGGACCAGGACCAAGGCCGGCUUUACCUGGGCAGCCGCGAGUAUCUAGUCUCCCUGGACAUGCAGAACAUAAACAAAGAGCCACUGAUUAUCCACUGGCCUGCUACUAGCCAGAGGAAAGGAGAGUGCAGGAUGACUGGGAAAGGAGGACAGGGAGAGUGUGCCAACUUUGUGCGUCUGAUCGAGCCGUGGAACAGAACUCAUCUGUACACGUGCGGCACAGGAGCUUACAAACCCGUCUGCACCUUCAUCAACCGGGGCUGGAAGGCUGAGGAAUACCUCUUCCGCCUGGUUCCUGGUUAUGUAGAUUCUGGGAAGGGAAAGUGUCCGUAUGAUCCACGGCAGGAAAACGCUGCUGUUCUUAUCAAUGGUAACCUGUAUGCAGGGGUGCAUGUGGACUUCAUGGGGACAGAUCCAGCCAUCUUCAGGACGCUGGGAGACAGACCUGCUGUGAGAACAGAGCAAUACGACUCCCGAUGGCUGAAUGAGCCUGUGUUUGUAAAAAUCCAGAAGAUUCCAGAUAGUGCAGAAAAAAAUGACGACAAGUUGUAUUUCUUCUUCCGGGAAAAGAGUUUGGACGCAGCAGGGGGCAGCACCCCCAGUGUGCUGGCCAGAGUGGGCAGAGUCUGUCUGAAUGACGAUGGAGGCCAAAGGUCACUGGUAAAUAAAUGGACAACUUUCCUGAAGGCUCGUCUGGUCUGUUCUGUAAUUGGAGCAGAAGGAGUUGAGACAUAUUUUGAUGAACUGAGGGAUGUUUUCAUUCAGCGGACUCAUGAUGAACGCAACCCCACUGUGUAUGCUGUGUUCUCCACUGCUGGCUCUGUGUUUAAGGGCUCAGCAGUGUGUGUGUACUCCAUGGCUGACAUUAGAAACGUCUUUAACGGACCCUUCUCCCACAAACAUGGACACAACUACCAGUGGACUCCUUACACUGGAAAAAUACCCUACCCCCGUCCUGGCACGUGCCCCGGAGGAACGUUCACGCCCGGCCUCCACACCACCAAAGCCUUCUCCGACGAGGCUAUCAACUUUGUGCGUGCACACCCUCUCAUGUACCAUCCUAUAUACCCUACCCACAAGCGCCCCCUGGUGGUACGGACCGGUGUGGACUACCGCUUCACCACCAUUGCUGUGGACAUGGUGGAUGCUGUAGAUGGGAGAUAUGAGGUGCUCUUCCUGGGGACAGAUCGAGGAACAGUCCAAAAGGUGAUUGUCUUGCCAAAAGACACAAGCACAACAGAAGAGCUCAUCCUGGAAGAGGUGGAGGUUUUCAGGACUCCAGCACCAGUGAAAACUCUGAAAAUCUCCACUAAAAGGCAACAGCUUUAUGUGUCAUCGCAGCGGGGUCUUACCCAGGUAUCUCUACACCGGUGUGCUGUGUAUGGUAAAGCCUGCUCCGACUGCUGCCUGGCUAGAGACCCCUACUGCGCCUGGGAUGGAGAGACAUGCUCCGCUUUCACCCCGGCCACCAAGAGGAGGAGCAGGAGACAAGAUAUCAAACACGGAGACCCGUUACGCCAGUGCAGGGGCUUCAAUUCUAAAGUAGAGAAGCGCCUGAGGGAGACAGUGCAGUUUGGUGUGGAAGGCAGCAGCACAUUUCUGGAGUGUCAGCCCAGGUCUCCUCAGGCUACUGUUAAAUGGCUCUAUCAGAAGGACAGCAAACGCAAAGCACUCAGUCGCGAUAAAGAGGUCCUGAAGACGGGUCAUGGCAUCCUGCUGAAAUCUCUCACUCAGGCGGACUCCGGUCUCUACCACUGCCUGGCCACAGAGAACAACUUCAAGCACACUGUGGCCCGCGUGUCCCUGCGAAUUCUCGACCGGGAGAUUGUAGAGGCCCUGACAGCACCAGACAGCCCUGCAGAGCCAGAGCGUCACCACCAGCACCAUCAUCAUCACCCUCCUCCUCCUCCACCCCCACCCCAAACCCCACCCCCACCCCUCCAGCAGCUCCCACCACAGCCCGAGGUGCGCCUCAUCAACCAAUACUGCCAGACCUACUGGCAACAGCAGAGCCCCAGCCCGCCCCACAAACCCAAACGCACCAACCGCAGACACACCGAGCAGAAGGAGUCUGAGGAGCCUCAUGAGCUGCAGGCCCAGUGAUAAUGUUCUGAGUGCUAAGAGCAGAAAACACGAGUCGUUAAGUUGAUUGUGUUCCAUACACUGUGUGAGCAGGAUAGGCAGUGUCUCUAAAGACUGUGUUACUAAGCUAAAUUACAUGUGUUCAUGCAAAAAAGUCAAUUCUGAUAAAAGCUUAUUUCAAGACUACAUUUGAUUUUAUCACAGCAUGUUGAAGUUGCCGGUGCAAGUUAGUGAGGCUACAGCCUUAACCAGGAAUGGGACGAUUACUGCCGCGCUAUUAAACCCAAUGAUAAUCGUACGGUUGCAAAUUUUAGCUCCUGUAAUGCCGUAUAGCAACCGUCUGCUACACUCUCUCCAAAGCAUGUGCUAGACAACUAUUAUCAAUUUGGUUAUAACAAAUACGCGUGGGUUACUAAAAAGUGUCCAUACGUGUGAUGAAAGGAUUUCAAUGGCUGUUAGUAGCUUUUUAAACAUUUGCAGUAUAUAUUAACUAUAUCAUUUUGGAAAUCUAGAAAGCACAUUUUCAUACUGUUCCAUUCCUGGUCUAUUCCUAACACAGGCUCCUCUAUCUUCAGCUCAGUUUUUGCUUUUUUUAAGGUUAUGAUACAUAGUGUUCUGAGUUUGCAGAGCAGUAGAUGUUGAAUUAUUUCCAAACCAUAGGAAACCGGUAUGUGCCACAUUGCAUACUAUAGAGUUUAGGCUUUUUGUGUUCUCUUUAACUAUUGUUACAUUGCCAUUACCUUCACAGAGUCAUUGAAAAGUCAGUAUUUCAUGAACAGUGUACUCAUAAAACUGUGGCACUUGGCAUUGCUAGUAUUUAAAGCUUGUUAUGUUGAGUCAGAUGGUUGUUAAUCCGCAGCCUGUGGAACACAGUGGUGGAAAGAAUGCUGUGGAGAAUUUCUACGUGAUUCCACUCACAUUCAUGGCACAGUCAUCUGCUGAUUUGUCAAAAAGAAGCCUUUUCCUGUACCGGGUUAUAAUUAUGACAUGAUGCAUUCAGAUAUGAUUUUGACCAACUUUUUAUGUUAUCAAGACCAAGGGUGAUCAGGAGGACGUAAAGGCUUCUAGAAGUUGUUUUUUGUGGGGUUUGUAAAGAUAUGGCUAAGCUUCCGUCUCAGUAAAAUGUCUUGAUAUUUUAAGAGCAUUCUUGAGUUAGUCUGCAUCAGACAAAGCACAGCUGCAGAUACUGGAAGUCUGGAAAUUAAGUGACAUCAAAUGUUUGAACAAUGUGUAAGUCAUGAGAAAAUGCUUUUGCAAAACCUGUGAUUCAUAUUUUACAUCUUUUAGAAGUAGUUACUGAACAGCUAGACCCAUGUUUCCAUUACUGGUUAGUAGGUACUGAACAAAAACUACUGCAAUUUGAAGGCAGUGGUAGGCAUGUUAUUAUUAAAUUAUGGUUUUUUCUCAAAAGAUAAAUGGGAAAGACAAAAUUAUGGACCAAAAUCUGCUCCAGUCUCCUGCCAUAGUAAGAGAGAUUUGCAGCAAGAAGGAAUAUGUAAAUAAUAAAAACUGGAGACUAGAUUCACAAUGAAAAAAAGAAAGAAAGCUUGAGUUCUGAGUUAAGGGACAUAGACCUCUGAAUUACUUGGUGGGCUAAUGACAUGCCCAAAUCAGGACUCUGGAUACAAGCUGGUUUUAUCUAUGGGAAAAAUGAAUGGAGUCACAAGGUCAUUUAGUGGUCGAUUUACAUAAAUGGCACAAAAAAGCACUCGUUCACAUUUAAAGAGGAUUUCCACUGAAAAGCUACUCAGAGCAAUGGUACAAGCUACUUCACAGAGAGAUAUGACUUGAACUGGUUAUGAAUACGCUGCCUGAUGUUUGAGAUGUUGUUUUAUACUAGUUUUGAGAAGGUUUUUAACUAAAAUGUGCAUGUAGGGUGUUGUAAAGGAUACAGUGCCCAAAUAAAACUUUUUUCCAGUUUAC